CUCAGAUUUCCGGCAGCCCGUGAAGGUAACGCAUCCAUCAGCCGUGGUUACCGGACCGAAGAGGACAGAGCGGCACCGUGAAGCGUUCAUUCAUCCCCGCAGAGGGUAAAAGCAGCACAAGGGCUCAUUGAAGAAGAGGAGAGAAGAGGAGAUGAGUGCAGUUCUGGUUCUGAUGUUUCUCUUCACCUUGAGCGGCGACUCAUUAGGCGCCGUUACAGACUGCAGCGGGUCCACGAUGGAAACCAACAGCGCGGUGCGUUUACUGUCCUCUGUCGUCGACGCCCAGCGAGCCGAGCAGAGCCGGAGGGAACACCUGGAGGCUCUGUUCAACAGAUAUGGAGAAAACGGCACCAUCUCUCUGGCCGGGUUAAAGCGCCUCCUUCAGAGCGUUGGGCUGGAUCGCAUGAGGACUGUUAUGGUGCAGCAUCACGAGCAACCCGGACACCAUCACCACCACCACCACCACCACAAAGGCCACCACCAUCACCACCAUCCCCAUGAAAGCAAUUCUGAUCACCUAAAACACCUUUCACAGCCCCAGAAGUUUCCAGAGACCCCCGACAACCACGACGGUGCCGUGGGAAAGAAAAGCGAGGAUCCAGAUAGUCGUCGAAACCUCUAUGACAAGAAAACCACAGUGGCGGCGGCUCAGGAGGUCGGCACCACAGUGACAUACAGAGCUCAGCUCGUGGUGAAACAACAAGAUGGAAGCCAGGGACGACCAUCAGGGGAAGAAACGACCAGGACCGCCGUCACUGAGAGCCAGACACAGGCAACUGCAAGCAGCGACCAUGACCAUGAACAGGAUCAUCCCCACGGCCACAGCCAGAACAGUUCAGAGUGUCUGAACGCCUCCUUCAUCCUCUCCUCACACGGGAUGUCUCAGGAGGCAGGCGUCACGCUCAGAGACUUCAGUUUUCUUUGCCCCGCCCUCCUCAACCAGAUCGAUGGAGGAGUGUGCGUGCUGCACGGAGACGCCUCGGCACACGGGGCGAGAGAGCAUAAGCAUCACAAGCAUGCUCACCGUCACCAUGGAGACCACAACCACUCAGACCACGACCACAGUGAGCACAUGGGCGGGGAGAACAGCAGAAACAUCACCACAGCGUGGGUCGGCGGGUUCCUCUCCAUCACCAUCAUCAGCCUGCUGUCUCUGCUCGGCGUCGUCCUCAUUCCGCUCAUGAACAAAGUUUUCUUCAAGUUCCUCCUCAGCUUCCUGGUGGCGCUGGCCGUGGGCACGCUGAGCGGCGACGCCUUCCUGCACCUCAUCCCCCACUCUCAGGGAGGCCACCAUCACCAUGACGACGCAGCGAUGACGGGACACCACGACGAGCACGAGGAGAACCUGGACGCGGUGUGGAAGGGCCUGACGGCUCUGAGUGGAGUCUACUUCAUGUUUCUCAUCGAGCACUUCCUGACGCUCGGAAAAAUGUACAAGGAGAAGAAACAGAAGAUCCAGAAGAAGUGGGAUCAGAACGAGAAAGCGGAUCCAGAGAAACAGCCGGCGCUGGAGGAGAACAGCGUGAAGCCGAGUGAAGAUGUGGAGACUAACGGCGCCAGCACGUUUGGCGACCACUCAAGCAGCCUGCACGGCAGUAGCGUGGCGGAGGAGGAGCAGGUGAUGCUGGCGCCGCAGGUGUCCGUCGUUUCGCCGCAGGCUUACGGCCGAGCGUCGGGGGCCGCUGCUAACUACACCGACGAGGACUGCGAGAACAAAUGCCACUCCCACUUCCAUGACACGGUUGGCCAGACAGACAGCAGGCACCACCACCACCACGACUACCAUCACAUCCUGCACCACCACCACUCUCAGAACCACCACCCGCAUAGCCACUCCCACUCCUACUCAGAGCAGCACUUCCAGGAGGCCGGAGUGGCCACGCUGGCCUGGAUGGUCAUCAUGGGAGACGGACUGCACAACUUCAGCGACGGCCUCGCUAUCGGCGCUGCGUUCACUGAGGGUCUGUCCAGCGGUCUCAGCACGUCUGUGGCUGUUUUCUGCCACGAGCUGCCUCAUGAGCUGGGUGACUUUGCGGUGCUCCUGAAGGCCGGCAUGACGGUGCGUCAGGCCAUUCUUUACAACGUGCUGUCGGCCAUGAUGGCCUACCUGGGCAUGAUCACCGGGAUUUUGAUUGGACACUACGCUGAGAACAUCUCCACGUGGAUAUUCGCCCUCACAGCCGGGCUCUUCAUGUAUGUGGCCCUGGUGGACAUGGUCCCUGAGAUGUUGCACAAUGACGCCGGCGACCACGGCUUCAGCCACUGGGGCUUCUUCCUCCUCCAGAACGCCGGCAUCCUGCUGGGCUUCUGCAUAAUGCUGCUAAUCGCCAUUUUUGAGCACAAAAUCCAGCUGGACCUGGGAUACUGAGAGAGAGGCAGUCCUGAGCUUCACGUGCAUUCCAGUGCCGCCAUCAGAGUUGUAGUGUUUUUUUUAUUUGUUGUUGAUAGACGCCUUGAGUUAGUUUUCACUUGUGAAGCAGGAAAGCAGCAGUUCAACCGUGGGUGCUGAACUGAGCCCGUCUGGCAGAGCCGCUGAGGCUCCAACCUCGGCCGGCUGGACUGAGGUCAGCUGUUUAAAAAAGGUUCAGAAAUAUUUUUUUUAAGUUUUUUCUUUGUGUUAAACUUGUAGCUGUUUUUGUCAACAAAUGCACGACCAUCACAAGUGGGAAACACCUGGAGUCCAUCCAGGAUCACUGUCACCAGUUAUUGUUUCAUAUUUAUGAAAAAUUCAUGAAGGAGAAACUGUUGCUUUCGCCCGCCCGGAGCUCUUCUGAGGAACGUGUUUUAUUCAGUUUUUGUGUCUGUUUUUCUUCUUCUGCUGCUGAGUGAGCCCGAUCAGUGUUACAGUUUAUCCUCUAACAGUUUUCAGUUUCACACCAGUUUUUCCUUUUCUCUGUGACAGUUAAUUUUAAAUCCUGUGGGUUUAAUUCUUCUUUAAAUUUAAAUAUUUGCCACCAAGUUACUGUUAAACUGAGUUUUAAAGGUGUUUACCACCGGCUGAGUUGUGCUGGUUGUAAACACCUUUGUUUAGCUGAAGUUAAACUCUGUAACUCAUUUAAGGAAGUUGAACUUUCCGUUUUCAGCUGGAAGUCCGUCCAGUUAAUGAGAAAUCUGCGACAUCUCAGUCUGUUCAUGUUACCCGAGCUCUCUGCAGGAUGAAAUCACACACAGGCUUCAGAUCUGAUAUAGAAAUUAGUGAGUAUAAAAUAAAUCUUCUGUUAAUCUACUAAAAUUUCUGACGUGUAAACGAUCCGCUCCUUCCUGUGGAGACUGUUUUUCAAGAAAUACAUAGUUUUUGUUCCUGUCAUCGAAACAGUCGAUUCAUGAAAAACAAAGGAAAUAAUUUCAAUCAAAAAGGGGAAACUGAGCAGUGUGCUUUUUUUUUUUUUUUAAAUUUAAGUUCUGCUUUUUAAAUUUAUUUGAUUGUUAAGAGUUAACGUGGCAGCUCAACAUAAAACAAAUAUUUCUAACAAGUCUGUGUUACGGCCUCGUGCUCCGGCUGAACGUGGACUCGUUUCGAAGGAUCUCAACAACAGUUGUUGUUGUUUCAGACGCUGCUCUGAGGUUUAGGUCAAAUCACGUUUUCCUCUUAAAAGAAAAAAAAAAUCACCUCAGACUCUCACUGUGCUCGUUACAUGUGUAACAUUAUGUGUGUAGUACUUAAAAGUAUGCAGUUCAUUUGUUUGACUUCCUGUGAUGUUGGUUGUGAAGAUCGAGGAUCAUACAACACGUGUUUAAAAAAAAAAGUGAUUUUAAAUUUGUGGGGGAAAAGUACGGAAACCAAAAAAGGAGCGACUUCCUUCAUGUUUGUGUGUUUAAUGCUUCUGUUCAUGAAAGGUGGAUAAAAUCAUACAGAAACGACAAACAGCUCCGUGGUGAAGGUUUCAUUCUGAUUUUAUGCUCUUCCAUGUUUGGCCUGUGAAAUCAUCAUUUUUAGUUGAUUUCUGUAUUUUAUUUAAACAAAAAGUUUUUUUUUUCCUGUUUGUGGUAACACAAAGUAAAAUCUGUCAUUUCUGUAUCACUGAGAAACAACCUGGUAUCUUCACCAAAACCAGCUCACACCUCAAAACCUCCUCCUGGAGCUCAUCUGCACUCUGUAUCCUCAGUUACUGGUGAUUAAACACAUACAUAUUUAUGGUUCUGCAGAGCUGUUUCAAACUGUUUCUGUUAUUUUGUCCACCCCUGUUGCCGACCGCAGAGCCCUUCAGGCAGCUUUGAUGUCGACUCGCUGUGCUCUGACAUUCCUGAACACCAAUAAACUUCACACUUCACACCA